GGAUCAGAUGUAGGAAUAGAGAAGGAUGAAUGAAUAUGAAUAUUGUUAUCAUCCUCUCCUUCUUCCUACUUGCAACGCAAUCCAUCUAUCUUUCUCUCUCUCUCUCUCCUCACCAUCUCAAAAAUGAAAAUGGCGCUGCUGAGGCUACCAACACCAACAGCAACAGGUGCCAGUGGCAAUUCGAGUGCGAGUGCCACCCAACUAUCAUGGCGCUGCAGUGUAGCGCCCACCAGACUCGUGUUUCCCCUUUCCCUUGACGCGGGAAGAGGAAGAGGAAGAGGAAAAGUUGGAGUGAGGGUGAAAUGCGUGAAUGUUGGGCCAGGGACACCUGUUAGGCCAACGAAUAUACUGGUGGUUGGUGCCACUGGAACCCUGGGAAGGCAGAUUGUGAGGCGGGCACUCGACGAAGGCUACGACGUUAGGUGCCUCGUCAGGCCUCGCCCUGCUCCUGCUGACUUCCUUCGCGAUUGGGGGGCAACCGUUGUCAAUGCUGACCUUAGUAAACCAGAGACCAUUCCUGCUACUUUGGUUGGCAUUCAUACUGUUAUUGACUGUGCCACCGGCCGUCCCGAGGAGCCCAUCAAAACCGUAGAUUGGGAAGGAAAAGUUGCUCUCAUACAAUGUGCUAAAGCAAUGGGAAUUCAGAAAUACGUCUUCUAUUCCAUCCACAACUGUGACAAACAUCCCGAGGUCCCACUCAUGGAGAUCAAGUAUUGCACCGAGAAGUUCCUCCGUGAUUCUGGCCUCAAUCACUUCGUCAUCCGCUUAUGUGGUUUCAUGCAAGGUCUCAUUGGCCAGUAUGCGGUUCCCAUCCUCGAAGAGAAAUCUGUUUGGGGAACUGAUGCCCCAACCAGAAUUGCAUACAUGGAUACACAGGAUAUAGCUCGCUUGACAUUUAUAGCCUUGCGAAAUGAAAAAAUAAAUGGCCAACUUCUAACAUUUGCUGGUCCUCGUGCAUGGACAACCCAAGAGGUCAUAACUUUGUGCGAGAGGCUUGCGGGCCAAGAUGCUAAUGUAACUACAGUUCCGGUCUCCAUUUUAAGACUCACUCGUCAGUUGACGCGGUUUUUUGAGUGGACAAAUGAUGUUGCUGACAGAUUGGCGUUUUCCGAGGUCCUUACCAGCGAUACUGUUUUCUCUGUUCCGAUGGCAGAGACUUAUACUCUUCUUGGCGUGGAUUCAAAAGAUAUAAUUACCUUAGAGAAGUAUUUGCAGGACUAUUUCACUAACAUAUUGAAGAAAUUGAAGGGUCUUAAAGCUCAGUCAAAGCAAACGGAUAUUUACUUCUGAAAGAUAAUUUGCAAUUGAAAACGCGGUGAUGACGUAGGUAUUGAAAUUUCUUUAAAACGCUCCCUCAAUGUAUAUUGUUUUUGAAUUUUUUGUAGGCUAACGAUUUUGUUUUUGACAAGAAAGGUGUAAUGUAUAUCACCCCUAAAAUACAUUUUACAUUAUAAAACAAUUGUUAUAUAAGUA